CAGCCUCUUGUCAUGCAUGACGAAAGCUAUCGUGAUUUGAAGGAGACCGCUGCCCGAGAGUGACGAGUGCGCGCAAGAUCGCGAUGCGGCGGGUGAAUCAAUGGUGUUAUGAUGACCGGGCAAGAGCUCCUACUCCUACUCCCACUCCUACUGCAUUGCCGCUACGGUAUCCGUCUCGUGCGUACCUGGUCGGCAACCUUCUGUCGUCACCACCGAGGCUGCAGUAGGUCAUUGUUGGUUUGUGUUUGUGUUGCGCUGAGCAGCAGCUCUCCCACCACUCUGCUGCGUCUCGACCUUAGAACCUUCUGUACUUACCUACUUGCCUUUUCACUUACCUCCGUACUCCUCUCUCACUCUCACUUCCUCACUGUCCAAUACCUCUCACCACCGACUACUGUAAUCGUAAUACCUCGAGCAUAACCUCAUCUCCACCGACAAACCUACAUCACAAUGUCUAACCGUCUGACUACCUGGCUCGGUCUCGGUGCCGCUGGAGCUGUCGGUUACUACUUCUACCACACAGCUUCAUCCGACUGCGCGCCAGCAUCGGAGCGCAAAGCUGCCGUGACGUCGCAAUUCGCUAACCCUUAUCACAGGCGGU